AUGGGCCAGGCCGGAGUUCUCAACCGCCUCCAGGGUAUGUUCAUCUAUGACUGCAACCAGUCCACGGUUUCAGACAUAGAAUCUGAAGUACACCAGAUGCGACGCGUUCCCAGCGGCGGAAGCCUUCCUGUCAUCCUGCCCGAAUACUUCCCCAAGGUUGACGGGUUCCUUCGGGAUCCCAACGCCUUCAAAGAUUUUUACGGGCUGAUUGAUCGCGACUUGGACCGUAUGGUUGACUUGGUCGCGCAGCGAUCCGAAGCGGUCAAUGCACCUCCGCAGGUUAUCGUGGAAUGGCUGGGCUUUGGUGGCCACGCCAAACUCGGUGGAUUGCUCCACCGCAAGCUUGCCGAGCAGUUCCCCGAAGCCCUUUUCCUGCCCAUCGUGCUGCUCCCCAAAGAGCACGCCCUUGAAGAAAACAUGCGCCGCGAGACUUGGGGCGCUUACGAAGAAACCAUGAACAAAGUCGACCCGCAAACCGGUCGGACCGAAGUCGGUUUCCCAUCAUUGCUCACCGACAAUCGCAUGUACCGGAAUUACAGCACCCUGGACAACAAACUGGCCAUCGGACUCGCCUCUGUCGAGGCAGCGAUGGAGUACCAGACCGAUAGCGGAUCGCUGGCCGAAACCGCCUCCAGCUUCGGCAAAUACUCCAACGGUUGGUUGGGUAUGCGAGUGCUCAACCGCCGCGUUGAUGUCUCCGAAGUUCGCCAGGGCGGUCGCUUCCGGCUGCCCUUCGGCAACCGCCAGAUUGCAGUCAUCAAAGGCAAAGAUAACCAUGUAACAUGGCAGGUCAAGAACGCCCUGUGGGAAAUGGUUGACCCCAAGCGUCGAGACCUGCAAAUGGCUGAUCACGAUCCCAUCGAGGACGAAUCGGUCAUACGCAUGGUUGUUACCUUGCCCGUCAACCCAGAGGGCAUCAAGGAAAUUGAAGCUGACGUACGCGACCAGCUGGACCGGGAAGGUUACGAAGAUGCCUUUCCCAACCUGUCGUACUCCUUCGCUCCGGCCCGUUUCCCCGUCGAUAGCGGCGAAAACCACAUGUUCGUCAGCAUGAUCUACCCGCUCCGCGGCGCUGGCAUUCCCAGCAUCGAGCGCAUCAUGGGCAAGAACGAAGACCAUAACCGCUUUAACUCCAAAGACGGCAGCGUUUACCAGAUCGGUUUCGGAACCAGACACUUCAUACCACAAGACGGUAUACCCGACAACGGUUCCACUCAAUUCAGUUACCUGUCGCGCGGACACCUCCGCCGAGUCGAGCGAGAACGGGAGCUCACCCGGAUACGCACUGCAGGCGCCGAACAGCAGCCUGGCAACGGCCACACCAACGGCGAAAGCGGCGCUGGAAGCGAAUUCCGUCGGUAA